AUGUUAAUCAUAAUUAGUAGUAAUCGUAAUGGUUAUGGUAAUAGUAAUGCAAAUUGUAAAGUUAAUGGUUGUGGUAAAGCUAAUGCAAAUUGCAAAGAUAAAGACAAUGGUGGCAAUGGCAUUGAUAAAGGCAGUUGUAAUGGUAAUAGUAAUGAUGAUAGUAAUCAGGUAAUCGAAAUGACAAUGGCAGAGAUUGGUAAUAGUAAUGAUAAAAGUAAUGCUAAUCGUAUUGACUGCUCAAGCAAUAAGCCGACGCCAGCAAUAUCUUCAUCAGCAACAAUAGCAACAACAGCACUAUAUAGCAACAGCACAUCGACCAGCAACAAUGCCAAUAACAAUAAGAACAGCGACAACACAGUAGCAAUUGCCUCACUAUCACCAGACGAUUGA